AGAAAAAAAAACACGCCCAAGGCCUACGCCACUCCCUCCUUCAUCUUCUUUCAAGGGUAGUAGAACCACCAAGGGCCUGCCUGACCCCGCAAGCAAAAACGCCCCCCCCUUUUCAAGGGAGAACUAAGAAAACUAGGAUGUCUGUGAUGCGUUGGGUAUUGUUCCAAGAACAACACCCAGGCCAGUCGCCUACCGUGAUGGAGGGGCGGCUUUGUCAAGCAACCAGCGGGUCUGGAAGCCACGAGGUCGAAAAGCCGGGCUAGACCUUGGCGGCUUCCGGGCCCGAAGUGAUGAGUGGGUGGGAUGGCCAUAAUGAAAUCAUUAUCGGGAAGAUUCCAGUCGAAGACGAGGAGGAAAAGUGUGAAUGAGCGAUGAGCGCCUAUAGCAAGCCAUGCGUUCUUGGCUUAGAUAUAUGCCCACCUCAAGGAAGCCUGUCUCAUGACCACCGAGGGGUAUCUAGCUGGCUGUGGGGGCUUUGCGUUGCUGGAGUUGAUAUCCAUAAACUUGGAUCAACUCCUGGAACAAGUCGCACAAGAUCUUCUCUCCCGUCACUCCCUCACUCACUCCACCCGUCCCCCUUCUCCAAGUCUGUUGUGAGAGUCUCUGUCGGUCUUUCCUCCAUAACCCCAUUCCUUGUCGCAUAUACAACAUGUCGUCUUCAGUCAGCAGCAGCCAUGGAGGGCAAGCUACCCUCAUAGACGGAAGGCCACCAAGCCCAGCCAUGUCGACGACCACCACUCUCUCACCACCCAGCCCAGUCAUUGGAGGGGGAGGGGGAGGAAAACAUGAUCACCACCCAAGCAUCAUCUCACAUGAUGCAAUGGCAGACGUCAAGUCCAAGAUUGAGAAGCUCGCCAAAGAGCUAAAGCAGCAGCAGCAGCAGCAGCAGCAAUGCCGUCAGCAGUCAAGCAACAACAACACUCGUCCAAUACUCCCCCAUUUGAACACCGAUAGCAUCAUCACCGCCACCACAGCCAAGAAAAUAAACUUGACUAGACCUGUACUAUCCCCUUUCUCUCGAGCCAAAAGCCACCAGCUCCAGCAACACGGCCAUCAACCAUCCACUCCCGGCCCCGUCAUCCCAGGCCUCGAACCCGCCUCCCGCUCUCUCUCCGAUCUUCACAACGAACGCUCCUACCUCUUGCAUAACUUGCAAACCCAAGGCGAGCGAGCCACGCGUUUGUAUCAGCGGUAUGCCCAUCUCGAGGCUAAAAAGGAGGCUUUGGCCUCUGCCACCUCUCCCUCAGACGGAAACAACGCCACUGCUUCUUCAGUUGGCAGCAAGAAGAAGAAGAUCAAAAAGGACCUCUCCCUCCUCCGCAGCCGGAUCGCCGAGUCCACGCAGCAGGAACAGCUGAUCAUGUUAAGGCUGGGCGAGAUCCAUGUGGAGUUGGUGAAUAGGGGAAGGUGGGUUAUGACGCACCAGCAUCAGUAUCAGCACCAGCAUCAGAUGGUGUAUUCGCCAAUGUCCGCUGUGAUGGAAGGUCAGCAGGGGUAUUUCGGUCAUCAUCAGUGGCAUCAGCAGCAGAACCAUGGUGGUGGUGGUGGUAUCCCGGCGACACCAUCCUCCGCCGACACCUAUUCCGUCUCGCCUGUGGGAGGGGAUGAGUACCUUUACACCCCCUCGGUCUUGAGUCCGCUUUCUCCUUCCUUUGUGCCUGGUGGAGGUGUUAGUUUCUUUGAAGAUAUCUGGACUCGACCAUCCCAAAACUCACAAGACCACUUUACCUGUCCGGAAGAAACCCUGGCCCCUGCCCCAGGCCCCGAGCAAGAACAUGAACACCAUCACCCAACCGAGGGACAAGAAGAAGAGGAAGAAGAAGAAGAAGAAGAAGAAGAAGACGACCAAACACCCAAACCCAAAACUUCUUUCCAAGACCUCCCUCUAGACUCCCCAGCAGUUCCUCUCUCGGCAGUCACUCCCAAGUUCAGCACCACCACCAGCACCAUCAGUACCGUCAGUACACUACCCUCCGAACACCUCGCCACCCCCAUCACCCCUAGCAGAAUCCCAUGGGACGAAUACCCGUCCGACUCUGAAGAUGACGGGUCAUUUGAGAGUUUUGAUGCGAGCAGUUUUACGCCUAUCGGCGUGACGACUAUGAAUCCACUGACUUGUGACGAUUCUUUGGACAAUGGCUCUGGCUCGGGCUUGGGCUCGGGCUCGGGCUCAGGGUCUGGGGUGAUGAUUUCUGAACCGGAGGAAAACCAUGAUGAGGAACAUGAAAAAGAAGGUGAAGCAGAAGAAGACGAAGAAGAUGGGGAAAGUGACGAAUCCGCUUCCGAACCAGGGGAUUUGCUUUCUGAGCAACAAAGAAGGACUGCUUCGUUCUCACGGGGUGGUGAUGGCUGGACUAAGGGGAAGAACAACAACAACAAGCACAGGAGGCUGAGCAUGCCUAGCUUGAAGAACCUGUGGCCUGCUGCGCUCGCGGCUGUUGGUGUUCAAAUGGGGUUGGAGGAAGAGGAGGAUGUGCCGGAGUUGAAGCUUGAUACUGUUAUCUAGCCUGUUCCUGGUUUUUUUUUUUUGGUUCUCGAGGUUUUCAAGUGGGCUCUUUCUUGCACUCUAUGGUGGAAAGUUGGCAGCGGAGUUUGUGGCACUGGCGGACACUUUGUUAAGAUGUGAAAGAGGACAAAUCAAGUUCCCUAUGUAGGCGUUAUCUGGGAGGGUCAAGGAUAUAUGCUUGAGUGUUGUAUCUUGGAACUUACUUACUGGCUGUAUUGGGCAUUGCGCCAAGGAGCUUUGGGAUACAGUCAACAUUUUCUGUCCGAACAAAAACAUCAAAAUGGCGGGAAACAGGGAACGAAACGAGCCGGAAGGUUGUUUAUGAUUAGGUAUAUUAGCUCUGUAUAGUUGUGUAAGCUUGUAGACAAGUCCUUUUGCC